AUGAGUUCUCACACAUCUGAAACAGAAUUUGAAUUGAAAACUUUAAAAACAGAGUCAUAUGAUAAAAUAGGACAAUUUCUUUCUACAUAUAAGUCUGUAUCUCCUUUGAAUUUAACUGAUGAGACAGUUACUAUUUCUAGUGGUGGUACACUUCGUAGAUUAUCUCUUAUUGCCAUGGUACAAGUGAUUUCAAGAGUUAUUAAUAUUAAAAUACAAAAUAUGAAUACAUGUCAUUACUUUUCUGAAUGUGUAUGUAAUAAUAUUAAUAACUUUAAAAAGGGGAGAUGUGAGAUUUGUAAAAAGGACAUUAAUUUUGGGAUUUCAAUAAAGAGUAAUAUAAAUGUGAUUAAUAUAUACCCAAAAGCAUAUUUAGGGGGUGUAAUUGUAAAUUUGAAUACUUUUAAUGUAACUAUAAAUAUAGAUCCAAUAUUAGAGACUCCAACAUAUAAUAGGUGUUCAAUAAAUUCCAAUUCCAUUCUUGUAAAUUACUUCUUAGUACAAUCUAACAAGGAUAAACCUAAAGGUAAUUUAUUCCCACCAAUAAUUAAAAUACCUUUGAAAUCAGAAUUUUUGUUUAAAUUUAUGCAUUCUAUGUCAGGAUCAGAUAUUCAUGUUUGUAAAAUGACUUUUGCUCAUUUUCAAUCUGAAGAAUCUCAAAUUUGUUUAGUAUUGGACAUCCUUUGUGAGCUUGUAAAGAUUCGGAACUACAUAUGUGAGAGUAAUUUAUCAAGUAACAUUAAAUUUGAUGUAAAAAAUUUAAAUAAUAAGACAAAUGAUGAUAUUUUAGAUACGAAUACAAAAACAUCCUUAAUUUUGCAAUAUAGAGUAAAUAAACAGAAAAUUAUUAUGUGUGAUAUGUCGAGAACUAGCUGUGGAAGUGAGUUACUUUUGGAUAAACUAGAGUUAGUGGUUAAAUUAGAGAAUAAUAGGCGUAAAUCACAAUAUUGUAAAUUACAGACUCAUUGUAACACUAUUAUAGCAAAUUCACUUAUAGCAAGAUAUAUUUGCGAUAAGGAGUCUGUAAUUUUAGAAAAUAUUAAGGAAUAUUUGGUAGAAGAUGACAAAACAUUGCAAGAUUACAAGAUUCAUUUCUUUCGUAUAUUAUAUGCUAAGAAUUUAUCAUCUGUUGUAGAUAUUAAUAGAUAUCCAUAUUGCUGUUCAAUAUAUAAUACUGUAGAAAAGUUAUGGGGUAUAUGGAGGGAAAAUGGUUUUUAUCAGAAUUUGAAUUUGUUUCUAUUGUUUGUAAGAUUCAGAAAGUACUUAUCAGUAUUAAACAAACAAGAAAUUAAUUUAGAAACUAAUGAUUUAAGUUUUAGUAAUGAAGAUCAUAACUUAAAUGAGAGAAAAUAUUUGAAGAUGGAAUUAGAUUCAGGAAAAUCAAGUUUGAUAAAUUCUAUGGCAACUAGAGAAUUUCCAGUAAAUUCUCCAGAAGACUUUGAAAAUAUAAGGAAAAAUAGUAGUGUUACAUUUCAUCUAGAAAUUGCUCAGAUCACUAUUCAGACUAUCGAUAUAUUAUCAUUAAAUGAGUUAAUUCCAGAAAAUAAAAAAUGUAAACAGUGUUAUGAGGAAUUAUUUGGACCAACUAUGACAACUUGUUGGGAUGAAGAUUUAAUUAAUAAGUUUGAUGAUAAUGGAGAAGAUAAUGCAAAAGUAGAAUCUAAGAAUUCGUUUAAAUAUAUUAUUGCAUAUGGAAGGAGCCUUCAAAUAAAUAACUCAUCAUUUACUCGAUGUAUGUCAAUUAAUGUAAAAAAUAUAUCAUAUUAUUCUGCUAGGACUUUUCAUGAUGCAGAGAGUUUGAGUUUUAAAUUACUCACUUUAAAACAAUUGAAUAUUUGGCAAUAUGGUGGUUUUGAGUCAAGGGUUAUUAAUUUAGGAAUUGAAAAGAAAUUUCAAUUUGAAGGGAAAACAGAAAUAAAUGAUAUUUAUAAUUAUUCAGUUAUAAAAAUGAAAUCAAUGACAAUAAAUUAUCCAUGGAGUACACAUACUAUAGGGUUCAAAGUAGUUGAAACGACUGGUGAACUAUCACCUUUAUUAAUACCACUCCUGAUGCAUAUUACUUUAUGCUUUUCAAUUGACUAUGUAGCUUAUAAACAAAGUACAGUUCUUCUUACUUAUUAUUAUAAUAAAAUUUAUCCGGAAACACCACUUUUUCGAAAUAAAGUUUCUAAACAAGAUCUUCUUGAAACACUGGAAAGUCUUUUUAUAAACAAAACAAGUGAUCAAAUUGCACUAAAUAAGAUAAUAAAUUGGAAAUUAAAUCUUAAUUUAGCUCCUUCUUCUGGUAAAAGGACAACUUGGAUAUUUCUAAUGGAGAAUAUUACAAUUCGUAUUUGCCCUGAACUAACUUUUAAUGCAAAUUACUUAAGCUUUAAAAGAGGUAAUGAAUUUGGGAAUUUUGACAUAAAUAUACAAAAUUCAAGACUUAAUUAUCAUUAUAUCAAUUUUUGUUUACCUAUUACAGAGGCUUCAAAAAUUCACCUAAGGUUAGAUAUACCUUAUAAAGGAAGAUUUGCAUAUAUACCUGCUUGCUUAGUACGUCAAUUGUGUCGUUUAUUAAAUUUAUCUGAUAAUGGUGAUAUUUUUCUUGCAGCAAUUUUUGGUGAUGGUAAUAAUCUUAAAGAGAGAUUUGAUAGGAUUUCAAAUGGAGUUAUAUACUUUGAACCUAAAAGGCUCUUAAUAGAAAUUGAAGAUACUAAUUUAAACCCAAUUAUAAACCUGAUUGAUAUUGAAAAAUGGCCUAAGAUGAAUUUCCAAAUUUUUCAUCGUUUAAAUGUCCUUUAUAAUCAACUUUUUUAUCCAGCACCACUUUUAAGACUUUAUAGGAUUCUUUCAAAUCGUAAAGAAUUCUCUCCUUUAUACUCUUGUGUUAGCUUCUUUGAAAUUAAUAUUACAAAUUUCAAAUUGAUUUUAUUUAUAUGCCCAAUAAGGGAUAUAAAUUCAGAUAUUCCUCCCAAUCAAGAUUACCAAUAUAAAACCUCACAAAAUUUAAAAUCUUGUAAUUACUAUUCUUGGGAUGAUUUGAAUAUCCAAAAAUAUAAUUUUGGUAUACUCAAAGAUAAAAUUGUAUACAAAUUUGGGGAAUCAAACAAUUACAAUAAUAUACAAAAAGAUGAUAUUAUGUCAUUUAUUUACUGCCCAAUUUUAAAGAUAAGUUCAAACCAAUUAAAAAUAAAAAUAAAUAUACAUCCUGUUGAUAAAAUUUCGAAAUGUAAUCAGGUUGAAUGUUUUGGUCUUAUACAUACUCUUAUAAACAAAUCAAAUAAGGAAUUUGUAAAGUUAAAACAAAAAGUACCAAUAUAUAUUCAAUCUCAAAUACUAGAUCUUGGUAUUCAAGUAUAUAAGCCUAUGGUAUUUCAUAGAAGUAACAGUAUGAGUACUUGCUUACUUUCUAUUCAAAUUCCACAUCACUUAGUAGUAGAUAUUAAAAGUACGAAGUUUUGUUCAUGUUCACCUUUGGAAUCUAAGAAGUCAAAAUAUAAUAGAUAUAAUUGCAACUUUAACUCAAUAAAGUCAUUUGAUGAUAAGAGAACAAAAUCAAUUGAAUUUGAAAAUACAGUAGAAAGUGAUUUAAUAGUUCAAAGAAACUGUUUUAAGCGACUUAAUAUUUCUAUACUUUGCAAGUCUAGGAUAAAUCUGACAUUAUCUUCUACUAAUCCAACUAGUAUAUUGGCUAGUUACUUAUCAAGAUUAAUAUUUAUUACUGAUAGUGAUUAUAAGGUUCCAUAUUUAAUUUUUCGUCAAAAUAAAAAUUCCCAAUAUACUACUCAAGAGUUUAGUAACUCUGCAUGCAAUGAUGGAUGUACCAAUAAUAAUGUAACUAUAGAGACAAAAGUUCAUUUAAGUUUAUGUGACUGUGCAUCGUUAAUUAUUUUACCGAAUUCUGAUUUAUAUUAUAUAAAGAGAAUGGAACCUGCUAUUUGUUUAACUAUACCAGACUUGAGAUGUUCUUUUAAAUAUAGUUCAAUUAGAAAUAUAAAUGAGGAAAUACAAGUUUCAAAAUAUAAAGGUGAAGUUUUAAAUGAUUUUAAUAAUAAUGAACUUAUUGAAUUUAAUUUGCAAUUUGUUGAAGGAGUGUUUAUAUCUAUAGUCUCUAACUUGUAUAAUUCAUUAACUGUGGAGUAUAAACAUAUGAAUAAAAAUAUUUUAAUGGAUAUUUCAGGGUUAUCAGUGAUUGGAAGUAUUACUAACAGGAAUAAACUUAAAUUUAAUGUCAACAUAUAUAGUAUUGAUUACCCAUGUUUGCUAUAUGAUUAUAGGAUUCCAGAAUUAUUAUACAAUAAUGGUGAUACUUGUGACUGUAACUAUGGAAACAUACAAAAUUUUGGUGAUGCAAAGCAAUUUCCAGAUGAGAAUAUCAGGAUUAAUAUUAGAAGAGAAUGGUACAAACAUAAUGCUCCACUACUUUUCAAUUUUGAUAAUGAGGGAUUUUAUAAGUUAUUUGGAAUAAUUGAUAUGUUUUUAAAUUGUUCCCAAGAAAAAGAUAGAAUAUCCUCUUGUAUUAAAUGUAGCAAAUUAUAUUAUAUUAAUCAUGUAAACACUCCAAUUAAUUUAAGACCUGUUAAAGAUACAGAUUCAUAUGAUAGAACAUUAUUUUGGGAUUUCUCAUUAUCUUCUAUAAAGAAUUUGUAUAUUAAAUUUUCAGUUAAUAACGCUUAUACAAGAUUGGGAAUAUUUUGUUUAAUUGUAAAUCGUAUAAACUUUAAUUGGAUAUAUAGUACUCAAGAUACUGGAACUACAAAUAAAGAAGGAAAUUCAACAAAUACAAAAUACACAGAUCAUAAAUCAAUUGAAAUUAAAGAAUUACUUUUAGCUGCUGAUGCAAACCCAUACAAAUUGUCAAGUAAAGAUACAAAAACUGUCAAUAUAUUGAAUAGGACUAGUAGGAUUCAUCCAUUUAUAGAAGAUAUGAUGUAUGGGAUUAAAGGAGAGUAUGGAGAUGUGAAUAGGACUUCUAAAUGGGAUUCUAUUAUAAAUAUUACAAUAUUACUACGUAUUUCUAAUAUACUGAUUGAGAGCCAGCAAUACUACAAAUUGGCUAUUUCAAUUUGUUCCUCCAGAAUACCUAUUUGUAAUAGCAAUAUUUUGUACUUACACUUUAUGAGUGAAUUUGUUUCUCUAGUACUUGAUUUAGUAACAAAAUCAUCAAUGGGAAAAGAAACGUCUCCAAGAGCUGACUUUUUAUACCAAAUAAAACAAUGGAAGAUUUUAAUUCAAUUAGAUGAUGUAAGAAUAAACUUUUAUAGCUUACCUACUAUUCAAAACAACCAGUUUUCUACUAGAUUAUCCAACACUUCAGUUUUCUCGAAUCCAGUUAAACCUAAUGAAAUUAAUAGAUCAUUGUUGAGUAUAGUAGAAGAUAUAAUUUUUGCAAAUCCAUGGCUAAAUACGAUUGCAAUAAAUGAUAUAGAAGAAUUUAAUCAAUUAAACAGUAAUCUUAUUCAGAUUUAUGAUAAUGAAGAGAGUAUUUGUGCUGAUUGUAUUGAUAGUUAUAACAAAAUGCUAAUUACAUCUUCUAAAAUUGAUUUACUUUCUUUAAAUUUUAUGAAACUUUCAUUAGAUAAUGUGAUUGGUUGGGCGAUAGAAGUUGAUAAGAAGAGAUUUUGCAAUAUUAGGACUUAUGAAAAAAUAGAUAGAAUUAUGUACAAGUUAAGGAAUAUUUCAAGUUUAAAUAUUUUAAGUGUACCAUUUUCAUUCAUUCUAUCAUGUGAUCUUGCUAAUUCAUUUGAUAUAUUAGACAACUCUACAAAAUGUCUUGAUAUUAUUUCUUCCUAUGAUAAAUCAUCAUCUAUAUAUUCACAUGAUACAUUUGUAAUAUAUCAAGUUUUAUGUACCAUUCCUUCAAUAAAUUUGGAGUGUAAAACAGAAGGUGAAAGUUUAGAUACAAACAGUAUAUCUAUAAAAUUAACUGGAAAAUUAUGGCCAAUUAGUCUCUACACAUUAACUCCUGGCUUCAACCAUCUACAAUGGAUAUCACCACCAAAUAAAUAUGGAAAAAUAAAUGACACAAAUAAUUUUAAUUCAAUAAUUCACUUUGCUGAGUCAACACCAGUCUACAUGAGUACUAAACUUUAUUAUCCACUUGCAGGUACCACUACUAUUCGGUGUUAUAUGGAAAACUUGCAAUUUUUUGGUGAUUCCUCUAUUUUACUAACAAUUAGUGAAAUAUUAUCUAGUAUCACAAAUUUCGGUGAAUAUAAGAAGGUCAAGGAUAUUAAAUCAAGUUCAAAAAUGAGCAACCUUAAUCCAUAUUUAGACCAUAAAUUAAACACAACACCAUAUAAUUUGGAUCCAUUACCAAAUUUUAGAAGAAAACUAAGUACUAAAAUAUCUUUGCGAAAUCUUUUAACAAUAUAUACAGUUUAUUACAAAUGUUUUCCAUUCCUUGCAUCUGUUUUAUCUAACUCAAGUAUGUCAAGGAAAGAUAAGAUUGAAGUCAUUUUAUCAAGAAUAUGUUCAAAUUCAUAUGAUAUAGAUGAAAACUUAUUUGAAUUAAACAAUUUAUCAAGUUUACAAUCUCGUAUUUCUAGUAUAAAUUCAAAAAAUCUUGAAAAUGUAUUAAGAGAAGAAAUUGACACAUUUAUAUUUAAGAACCCUUUAUAUUAUUCAAUAAUUGACAAUUUGAGUGUUAAUGGUAUAAAUAGCAAUAUUAACAAUUUAAGUGCACAAGAAAAUACUACAAAAAGUGAGGAUUGUACAGUUUGUGGGGGAUUAUUGAGUAAUAAUUACAAGGAUGUUAAUACAAGCUCUAUUUUAACUGAUGUAUUAAAUAAUAAUAUCUAUAAUGAAUACUCAAAUUUUAAAGUACCAAAUCAAAUACGUUUAGAAUUUGGGAUUGGAGAAUUUAAAGCUGAAUUACUUAAUAGUAAAGGCAUAGUUUUUUCUAAAUUGACAGCUACUGAAUUGAAUGCUGUAAUUGCUUCAAAUUCUUCACCAUCAAAUUCAGCAGUUAUAGAAUUUGAUAUUUCAUCUUUUUUACUAGAGGCAAACAAAGAUUUUUUUUCAGAAUAUAAGAAUGAUCCAACUUCUAGAGAUACCAAAACAUCAAAUACAUUAGGCACUAAUAAAGUAGAUCUCAUUGAUAAUAUAAAUAAAGCAAAUGAAUAUUCAAUAAAAGAUGCAGGUGAACAUCCAAUGACUUUCGUUUCUGUUGUUACUCCACUCAAUAUUGAAGGUCACACCUCUUUUGGUCAAAGUUAUCUAUUAUCAAUAAGAGCAUGUGCAAGGAAAAUAACUCUAUGGGGCGCUACAAAUAUUAAUAUAAUGGAAAGUAUUAUUGCUAAAGUAAAUCCUAUUAAAGUUAAUAUUACUCAGAAUUUAGUCGUAGCAUAUUAUGACUUUUUCUUCCCUUCAAAUAAAAUUGAUAAGUUAUAUGAUUCACUUAUAUAUAUACGUGAUUUAAAGUCUUCUGAAACGAUUGCUUCAAAUAUUGUACCCAAUAGUGGUGAAACAACUCCUUUAUCAUCAUCAUCUAAUACAGCAAAUAUUCCUGAGUCAACAAUUAAUAAUCAUAUUAAUAAUAUCACACCUUUCUGUUCAGUUGAAUCUAAUAAUUCUUUUGUAUUAAAUAGUGCAGUUGAUAUUACUUUCAAUAAUAGUGGGCAGUCUCUCCCAAAAAAUAUAUUAUACUUUCAUUAUAUGAGGAUAUCUUCAAUUCUCGUGGAAGUUACUUAUCGUGGAGCAGUAACACUAAAUGAAGUUCUUUUAGAACUUGGAUCAUUUACGCAGCGUGGGAAAGCUCGAUCUUUCAAACAAAUGGUGGACAAAUAUAUGUCUCAUUUGAGGAGACAAGCUACUCGUCCAGUUAUAUCAUAUACUUUCAAACAACUGAGACAUUCACUUUUACCCAAACAAUUUAAAUCUUUAAGAAGGAAUAAUAAUAGAAAUACUAAUUUUAAGCAUUCAACAUCUGGUAUCACAAAACCCCACUUGGAAGAUCUAAAAUUUCGCCUAUUAUUUGGACCUAGAAAUUAA